UUCAAGAGAGUAAUGGAGUAACCACACGCGCAUAUCGCUGAAGCAUCAUCUGGAGGGGACGCGACAUCGAUGGUAGGGAGAACGAACCUAUAAAGAGAAGCGGCGCAAACUGACGCUAGAGCGGUGUGUGUGUACGCGGUUGGUGAAUAGGUAGUGAACACGGAGCGGGAUACAGCCACGAUAAACUAGAGAGAGCGCACGUAAGGUUGGUGUAGAAGCAACUAUAAACAGGAGAGGGGGAGCCGCCAAAAGGGUACCCAUAAUUCGCCGGACCGCCCCUUGGUUAAAUCAGUUUCGUUCCUAGUUCGCGGUGUUCAACAUCAGCCGGAGGAGAGAAAGACAAUAGUGGUGUGUGCGCGUUUUUUAUUUACAUACUCGCCUCCGGUUGGUCUCCCGUAAACUUUCGUUACGUGACUUACGCGAGAGGAGGGGGGGAGGUGGUGCGCGCGUUUUGAAACAAUUCAUUGAUCUUUACACCGAGCGCGUCGCGCGUGGUUUCGUACGUUUGUACGUCGCGCCUCUGAGGCGACACGCGACGUAUGUCGUCGCGCGCGCGAGAGAAAGAGAAAAAGGGAGAAAGGGGAGCUCUGCAGUGCCGAACGCGCCUAAUAGUAGGCGAGAAGAUGAAGAGGAACGCAGUGCUUUAUCCGUAGAUUCGCGUCACUUUACCAUUCAGUCUAUCACUCAGUUGGUGUCAGUUCUUAAUUACACACAAUUUGCUUCUCGGAACCUCGUCAGCCAGUUUUCACGUAUCAUUCGAACUCUAAAGCGGCGAGGAAUCUCUUUUUACUUUCAUUUCCUAGUGGAAUUACAAAGGAUGAAGUGAAGGAAAAAAGAGAGUGUGCAUCAGGAUGAAGUAAUGUGAAGACGGAAAAAGUAAAAAGAAGAAAAUAAAAGUAAAAAAACGGAUAAAGAAUAGAAUAAAGUGCUUCUAUUGUUAGUAUCACAAAAAAACGAAAGAAUAUUGCACGGUAAACAAUGGAUGCCGAAAUAAUGCCUCCACCGUGACGCGGUAGCAUUGGUGCAUUGCAACGUUGUAUGACUGAAUCAUACAAUACUAUUGUAUUAGAGCUGAAGGACAAAGAGUGCAAGUACCUUGAUAUGCGUGAAAAAGGGACACACCCCAACAUCUCCGAAGAAAAGUUAGAUAUCAAGAGAAAAAGAGAGAACAAGGGGAUAUACUUUCUACGAAAACAAUGACGGAUGGUCGCCACUUCAUCAGGUCUGACCAAUCGUGGCCUAUCGUAUUCAACGGAAACGAGUCAAUUGCAAGACAGGCGAGGGUGUUUGAGGGUGGAGUGCCGAGGAGUGAACACGAUAGCACCGCGGGUCGUGAGUCCUAAGGGGACGGACGCCAUGGCGGCCUCUUCGUCCUCAUCGAGCGGCGGCGAGCAGCAGUACUCGCUUAGGUGGAACGACUUCCACUUGAGCAUUCUCAACUCAUUCCGGAGUCUGAGAGACCACCAAGACUUCGUCGACGUCACGCUUGCCUGCGACAGCCGCACCUUCACCGCGCACAAAGUCGUUCUUUCGGCAUGCAGUCCAUACUUUCGCGACUUGCUCAAGGCAAAUCCAUGUCAGCAUCCGAUUGUAAUCUUGAGGGACGUAGCAUCUUCGGACAUGGAGUCCUUGCUGCGCUUCAUGUAUAACGGAGAAGUGCACGUGGGUCAGGAGCAGCUGCCUGCCUUCUUGAAGACAGCGCAGAUGCUUCAGGUACGGGGAUUGGCGGACGUUAACAGCGGUGCUUCCAAUGCGAAAAUUCCACCGCCGUCGACGUCGGCCGGCAACAACGGUAGCGCGCCUGCAACACCACGUAAUCCUUGGCAGGACAAUGGCAGAGGAGACCUUAAUGAAAGUGAUAUGAGCCCUCCGGAAAAGCGACCGAGAAGUUGCAGCCCGCCAUUGGGCAACCACGUCGAACAGAAAUCGGAUCUGCAAGAAUCCUUGUUGGGUCAGGCUCUAGAAGGUGGACCCACGAUACAUACGAUACCCACGAAUAAUGUACAGUCGACUGGGGAGGAUUCGAAUUCUAUGUCGGAAAAUGAGGAGGACAUAUCGAAUAACGGCAGCAUCCUGAACACGGUGAAGACUGAACCGAGUGAUAUUCUAAACGACUCUAUGGAACAUCAUCGCAACAAUUUUCCUGCGGCAUUAUUGGGCCUUCAAGGGAUGGGCUUGCCAGGACCGUCAGGUAUGCACCAGGUGGCAAAUCAGGAUCCUAAUUAUGUCAGUCGACGAGGUGGUGUGGACCUGAUACGAGUACGUGCCACGGAUCCUAGACCUUGUCCGAAAUGCGGAAAGAUGUAUCGCUCGGCACACACGUUGCGGACUCAUUUGGAAGACAAGCACACGGUCUGUCCGGGUUAUCGGUGCGUCCUAUGCGGUACAGUAGCAAAAUCUCGGAAUUCCCUGCACUCACACAUGUCGAGGCAACAUCGUGGCAUCAGCACGAAGGAUCUUCCAGUCUUGCAGAUGCCUAGUCAGUUCGAUCCCGAAUUGGCGUCCCGGCUGCUGGCGAAGGCUGGGGUCAAGGUGAGUCCGGCUGAGCUCCGUGCCCGGGCCAGUCCUACGGCGCCGAGAAGAAGUGACAUGAGACUGGAACUACCUCGCGGAGGCGCUCCAUCCGAGGCUGGCAGCAGCAUCUGCGGCGGCGAUGACCCCGAAGAUCUCACUUUACCUCUCGCCUUCAAGCUCAACAGUCCGCCAAUAAAACCCAACUCUAUUGCCAGUGUGAUUACCAGGGUAAGCGGUGGCAGUAACAGUAACAGCAACGGGAAGAAUUCAACAACGACGGCGGCGAUCGCCGCCAAAUCUCUCGAUACGAUGCACGAUAGUCGCGAGCCCAACAUGGCGCCAUUGCAUUCGUCCAGUCAACAUACGGGCCAUAAUACUAGCGCGAUUGCUGGCUCGGCGCUUUUAAAUACUUAUUUACAGCUUAUCGCGGAAAGCUCGGAUCUAUCGUCAAUAGGAUUGAUUCCUACAGAGCAUGCGAUCCGUAUGAGUCGCAUGGCAAAAGAGCUCGGCUCCGCCAAGGCGCAGAUGAGCGUCAUAGAGGAGCACGGCGGUCGCAGCCUAGAAGAUCCCUAUCCUACAAUUGGUAGAGAGGAACGAGGAUCUGGAAUUAUUCACGAGGAUAGAGACGAGACGAUGCAUGAUAGACAUGCCGGGCUCGCGGACGAGGGAGUGAUGUCGGGAGGAGAGGACGAGGAGGAAGACGAGGAGUACAGCGAGAACGAGGAACCGGAAGUAAUCAAAUCUGAAUAGUUUCUCGUUAUCCGUUAUAACCAUGGUAUAACUCAGGGCAAUAUCGGGGAUAUUACAAGUCGUUCGAGAUGACUGUUCAGCCACGGCAGCGUGAACUGCCUGAACGCGAUCUCGUUGCUGAGAAGAAGGGAAGUAGAAACGCGCGAUAAAAGAUCAUUCAUCGAAUUCGAUCGAUGUUUUGUUUCUGUUUGUUAUUAUCGCGUGGAGAGAAUCGCAAAAGUGUUUGCUUAUAUCGGAUGCUUUUGCAGAAUAACUGAAAAAGGAAGCAUCUCGGUCAUUUUGACGUCGAUUUUAUAGACGACGCGUGAACGAGGUUGCUAAUCGUAUCCGAUUAGAAUCAUAAAGGCAAAUACACGCAUAUGUACAUGUAUACAUAUGCACGCCGUUUAUGUGCAAACAUACAUACAUACACAUACAUAUAUAUCCCACAAAUAUUCCAACCAUCUACCUCAACGCAUAUGAUAGGACGAUAGAUGAUAGAGCAGGCAAAGAUGAAUCUCAGUAGAAAGAAAGGAUAUGAAGUAGGAUCCAUGCUAAACGACAAUUGGAGGCAAGCUUUGAUGCCAUGCUUACAAUUUAAAUAUCGAAAUUGACGACGAAGCAACUGAUUUGCUAUUAAUGCUGAAUUAUGCUGAUUUUCAGAAUGUUCAACUGGUUUAAAGUCUUUGGUUUCUGAAGCGUUAAGAACCAGAAGCGUUAAAUGUUGUCUUCGUUCUUAUGCGGAAUUAUUAUUGAACAAAUAUGCAAUUUUUUUAAUUAAUGCGUGCACGAUUUAAUAUGUUCUGAAAAAACCACUGGUCUUUUACAAAGUUCAACUCAUAUGGCCCGUAAUAUUAUUAGGAACAAAAUAUGAUUAUUAAUAUUAAUAUUUAGCGCAGAUUGCGAUUUCAAUUCAUCUUAAAAAAUGCGACAAAGAAAGUGCGGUUUAAAAAUCAGGUUAUAAACAGUUUUAACAUAUAUGGAUAAACCCUUGGAAUUUAUAAGAGAUUUAGAAUAAGAAAUUAUAAUAAUUAGAAGGUCAUUUUGCAAAUUGGAAAAAAUCUAUAUAAAUCCACGACAAACACGUUGCCGGAUAAAACUGAAUAAUACAAUAUUAAAUAUAAUAUUAUUAUUAAUAAGUUUACUACAUAUAAUAGUUCAAACCUCAUGUGACAUCAGUUGAUGGCAGAUUUUUGAGUUUAUUCAACGACAGAAAUUUAAAUAUCAAAAUAUAUCAAGGCUAUAAUAAUUUAUAAUUAAAAAAUAAUAUGCUAAUCAAUCAGAUUUUUUUCAAAUUUGUGCAUUUAAUACGAUACAUUACAUAAUAGUAAACAUGCUCAGAAAUUUUUUUAUUUUAUUCUCGAUUAUUGAUUUAUAAUUUCUAAAUUAUCUUGAUAUGUAGUAUAUCCCAUAUACAGAGUAUCCCAAACACAUUCGGCCAAACGUUAACACUAUAUUCUACACAUAGAUAAAAACAAAGAAAAGAAAUUAAAUAAACAUAGGUCCUAAAA